UGGCUGAUAGGGCUCAAGGUUCGUCCACAGAAAAGGAAGCGAUUUCCGGAGCGCACAAAGCUACAACGAUGGCGCGCUCUUCCGGCCUCCUCGUGCUGUUGGCAGCUCUUGCGGCACUCUGCUUCCUGCAGAGUGCCUUUGUGGGCCCUUCCAAGACUGAGGUCUCCCAGGAUGCCGCCAAGCUGGCGGUGGCUGGUGCGGUGCUGGCAACGCCCGAGGCGGCCCAUGCACGACUGCCAGAGGAGUUCGUGAUCUUUGCGCCCAUCGUCGAUGUGCUUCCUGCCUGGGCCUACCUCAUGCUAUGCUGAUCAGAUCCUCCCCGUCUUCUUUUUCCUCCUGGCCUUCCUCUGGCAGGCUGCCGUGGGCUUCCGCUGAUCGGGGCACCCGCUUUUGGCAACGAACCAACAAACCGAGCGCCACCGUUUUUACUGUAGAAACAAGAGGAACAGCCGGUGACCGAAGGGAGGCGGGAAACCGGAAACUGCCGAGUCUAUCCAGGGCAAACAAUUCGAGGCCUUGCAAUCCCUUGUCUUGGUAGCAAUUGCAGCAAUCCGUAGAUCUGCAACGGCUAAACAUUGGCACCAGUUGUUUGUUAGACGCCUGGGUAAGGAGAAUUCUUUGCUCUUGCAAAUGAGAAGCAUCAGGCUGUUCUACGGUAGUUUCAGGUGUUGAGUUUAUUUGGGACCUUGUGUACUUUCCUUGCCGGCAGGUGUGAUCUUGGUGUGCUCUCAACGUUCCAACAUCAUCAGAUGCUCCGAUUUUUGGUCUUCAUCGCUGAACUUCAUGGUGUGACACCCUGGUUUUUUCUCGGUCAUUUCACACAUUCAUUUCACUCGAUUCACUUCGCCCUGAAGUUCUGC